GGGGUAGGGAAUGGACAGUAUAAAAGAGAAAGCUGCCCUCCCUGCCCUGUCUAUCACAGGAGACCAGGUCAGCUCUGCCCACCAUGGAGAAGGCUAGUUUUCCAGAUGAGGAAAAAGAGACAGCAGCUUGCCCGAGGUCACUUCCACCAUGAAGAUUCCUGCUAUGAUGUCUCUCCUACUGGUGUCUGUGGGUCUCAGGGAUGGAGUUCAGGUUCAAGGUUACUCCAUCUCACAACUAGACAUCUUUUCUCAAGAAACACCCCUGGACAUGGCCCCAGCGUCCUUUGAUGACCAGUAUGCUGGCUGCCUGGCAGACAUGACAGCGGCCCUGCCAGAUCUCAACCACUCAGAGUUUCAGGCCAACAAAGUAUACGCGGAUGGCUGGGCUCAGGCCAACAAUCAGUGGCAGGAGCGCAGGUCCUGGGGGUCCGUGUGGGGUUCCUUGCCCCCAUCACCGCCGGGCUUCCGGGAUGAGCACGGGGUGGCGCUGCUGGCCUACACCGCCAACAGCCCCCUGCACAAGGAGUUCAACGCGGCAGUGCGUGAGGCGGGACGUUCUCGGGCCCAUUACCUCCACCACUUCUCCUUCAAGACCCUCCACUUCCUGCUCACCGAGGCCCUGCAACUGCUCCGGAGCCACCGAUCUCGCGGGUGCCGGCAGGUGUACAGGGGGGUGCACGGCCUGCGCUUUCGGCCAGCGGGGCCUGGCGCCACCGUUAGGCUGGGGGGCUUUGCUUCUGCGUCCCUCAAGAACGUUGCCGCCCAACAAUUUGGCGAGGACACCUUCUUCGGUAUCUGGACCUGCCUUGGGGCCCCCAUCAGGGGCUACUCCUUUUUCCCUGAAGAGGAGGAGGUGCUGAUCCCCCCUUUCGAAACUUUCCAGGUGAUCAAUACAAGCCGACCCACCCAGGGUCCCGCACGCAUCUACCUCCGCGCUCUGGGCAAACGCAGUACAUACAACUGCGAAUACAUCAAAGAAAAGAAGUGCAGGUCUGGGCCCUGCUGGCUGGGUAGCUCAGCCCCAGGCUCCAUUUCUGCUUCCUGCUCUCUUCUGCUGCUGCUCUUGUUCCUUGUGCUGAGCGCCCUUCCAGAGAAUCCAGGUCUCCAGCAACUUACCCGAUGUUGACCGGCCCUGACUGAAGAAGGUUGGUCAACUGUGCGCCUUCAGUAUAGCAGCAUCCUGGUGAAUCAGUCCAUCUACAGGGAACUCUGGGACCUUCUGUGGCAAUUGCCAAACACAUCGGUAGAGACAGAGAGGAGAAUUUGGAGACUGAACCUCAUCCAGGGAUGUAGGGACGGAACUGAGGACGAGUAGAGGACUCGAGGACAGGCAGAGACUCAACUUGGAGCCAGGAGACUUCAACUCAUUGUGGGUUACACACACACAUGACCAUGGGCCAAGCUGGAGACACUUAAUUGCCUCUCAUAAAGGUAUGAGUGGUAGUACCAGGCUAAUAAAUGUGAUUUUUAAAGAGA